CACAUCUAGAAAUCAUAUCAACGGGUAGUCUUAACUUUCUCUGGGGCCCCCAUCCUUUUGAAGAGAAAGCUUUUGACGCACAUUUACUAGAUUAACGUAGCCUGUACUUUUUGUUUGUUCUACCGGUGAAAAUCAAGAUAAGAUCGUCGAUGAUUUUUUUUGUUUUUGUUGUUAAACUGGAUAUUCAAACACUGGUAUGGUGGCGCGCGCUUUGAGGUGUUUCUUUUUCGGUUCUGUGUGACUUCCUGGUGCUACAGAGAGAGGCAGUGCUGAGUUAAAAAGACAGAAACACAAACAGCAUUUUAGAAAGGAAAAAUAGAGAGUGGGAAGCAGGAGCGAGAGAGAGGAGCAGUUGGCUGGCUUCCAGAUUCAGCCCCGCUCCACUCUUUGCAUAUUUAUGAAAUUAAUGUAUAUUUUUAUUCUAUUUAUGAUGCACAUAUUUAUUAGAAUCGACUGAAUCUACUGGAUUGGGUUUGACAAGGGGUUAAAACGAAAUUGUAACGGGAAGGUUUUUCUCUGAGCGACGGAGAAGUGGCGCACGGAUUUAUCGCCCCAUUUGUUCUCAUUUUAUAUUGAAAGAAGGAUUUACAUUAGCUGUUAUUUUAUACUUUCUGUUUACGAGAAGAGGUCAGCGGAAGAUGGGUUGUUUGGGCAACAGCAAGACUGAAGAUCAACGCAUCGAUGAAAAGGCACAAAGAGAAGCGAAUAAAAAAAUCGAGAAACAAUUACAAAAGGAAAGACAAGCAUAUAAAGCCACACAUCGACUGCUUUUAUUGGGGGCUGGAGAGUCUGGGAAAAGCACGAUUGUCAAGCAGAUGCGGAUUCUACACGUCAAUGGCUUUAACGCAGAAGAAAAAAAACAGAAGGUCCUGGACAUCCGGAAAAAUGUGAAGGAUGCCAUUGUGACGGUAGUUUCGGCGAUGAGCACGUUAAUACCCCCAGUUCCAAUAGGUAACCCAGCGAACGAGUCCAGAAUUGACUACAUCAAAAGUAUAGCACCUCUCUCGGACUUCGACUACACAGAGGAGUUCUUUGAGCAUGCCAAGCAGCUGUGGGACGAUGAAGGCGUGAAGGCUUGCUUCGAGCGCUCCAACGAGUACCAGCUCAUCGACUGCGCACAGUACUUCUUGAACAAAAUUGAGUCUGUGAGGUCGAAUGACUACACACCAACAGAUCAGGACUUGCUUCGCUGCCGAGUUUUGACUUCAGGUAUUUUUGAAACAAGAUUUCAAGUCGACAAAGUGAACUUUCAUAUGUUUGAUGUAGGCGGCCAGAGAGACGAGAGGAGAAAAUGGAUCCAGUGCUUUAAUGACGUGACGGCCAUCAUAUUUGUGGCGGCAAGCAGCAGUUAUAACAUGGUCAUAAGGGAAGACAACAGCACCAACAGACUCCGGGAAUCACUGGAUCUCUUCAAGAGCAUCUGGAAUAACAGGUUUCUACGGACCAUUUCAGUCAUCCUGUUCUUGAACAAGCAGGACAUGUUGGCUGACAAGAUCUUAGCAGGGAAAUCCAAACUUGAAGACUACUUCCCUGAGUAUGUUCGCUAUACAGUACCGGCUGAAGUGAAGGACUCCCAAACCGAUCCUCAAGAUGUAUUCAAAGCCGUUCCAGACCCUGGAGAGGACCCUAAAGUGACCCGGGCCAAAUUUUUCAUCCGAGAUGAGUUCCUUAGGAUCAGCACGGCGAGCGGCGACGGCAAACACUACUGCUACCCCCACUUCACCUGCGCCGUGGACACGGAGAACAUCCGCCGCGUCUUCAACGACUGCCGAGACAUCAUCCAGAGGAUGCACCUGCGUCAAUACGAACUCUUGUGAUUGGUUGCAGCCCACCAUCCAGUCAGCACUCUGCCAAUCCCGGCGCAGUUUGAUUCCACUCCCAAAACACAAGGCCCUGUUACCAGGAGAACUACUGAAGCAUCACAAUGCUGUCAUUUUGUUUGCCAUUGUUGUUGUUUUCUAUUUACUUUUCUCCUUCCUUUGUUCUUUUAUCUAUGGCCCAUCUUGACUUUAUUUUGUAGGUCUAAGCAGGGAUGGGACAUUGUGUGUGUGCCUCAUCUUUUAUUUCCAAUGCCUUUAUUCUGUUCAUUCCACUAAGCCUUUUUAGACCUUUUUUUUGUAGUUUUUGUUUGAAACUAGUCUUCUUCUUCUGUCAUUUCUGUUGUUUUGAUCUGGACCAGCUGAAGUUGUUAUGAGGGUGUGUGAGAGUUGAGGGAUCUGACGGACUCCUGUGAAUGCUGGUUCCUCCCAACACCUCUCUCUCUCUCGUACUUGAUGAAGGGGUGGGCAGCAGAAGUAUCAGGUAACUUAAUGCCGUCAAGGAAGUAUACACAUGAUGUAGCACCGUGAUAUUUAUUACUCUGUCACUUUUUGUUUAUUUUGUAUCAUUUUAUUGCAGGAUGAUGGAGAUCGAGGCUUUCAGGCUGUAGAUUUAGCAUAGAGGGGGUGGGGCUUGUGGGAGAAUAGGAGGAUGCUGGGAGUUUGAGUCCUAUGCACCUCUGGCCGUAGGAGCAGCAGCAGCUUUCUGCCACGUGUCUAGAUGGAAAGAGAAAUACCACACUCACUUUGAUUUGCCCACAGACGGUCCUUUUUACUUAGAUCCUCUUGGGCAAGAGUUCUAUCUAUAUAUAUAUAUAGAUUUGUUUUUGUUGAUUAUCUUGUACAGACUGCAAAAUGUAAUGUUAUUUUGUACAACUUUAUUGAGAAAAAAACUACUUGUAGAAGAUCUUUGUGCCUUGAUAAUGGCUGUACCUGUAAAUUGAGCUCUGAUGUAUGUUGUUGACUGCGCUGUACAGCUUGAUGUCAAACUCUAUCUGACAGUAGAGACUGCAGGUAGGGCGUCUCUCUCUCUCUCUCUCUCUCUCUCUCUGUAGAGGUACAUUUUUCUGGUUUAUAAAAAAGGAAAAUGUUCUUUAGUAGAAAAAAGGAGGAAAAAUUUGCGAGGGGUUAAAAAAAAAACACACGGAAAUCCUGUAUACAUUAUGCAAAUUAACCACUUACCUACCGCAGUGACCAGGUCGCAGCCAGAGACAUUGCCUUCAUCCUCCUUCGUUUUGACGGUGAACAUUUCAAUUUUUGUUUCUGAUUCUCAGCUUUAAUACAUUACAAGAUCAAUUGACGUGCCCAAAUCGCAACCUGGUGUUGUUUUACUACAGUAGGAAGCAACUUUUUAGAUAUGAAGUGUGUAUGAGAUGUAUACAUACGCGUGCCAGUAAAUGUGUGUGUGUGUGUGUGUGUCUGUGUGUGCUUCGAAGCAUGCAUGUACUGUAAAAUAUAUACACACAUGCACUCAUGCAUUGUAUAUGUACAUUGUACAAAUACAUUUUAUAUUAAUAUAUAUGUACAUAUACAUUUAUAAAGAUAUACAUAUAUUCUAUAAAUCUAUAUGUACAAUUAUACAUAGUAAUGUGUGUGCCUAUGUGUAUACAUAUUGAUGAAUGUCUAGAACGUAUGUAUGCAUAGGCAUCAACUUAUAUAGAAUGAGAGGAGAAAGUAGUGAUCAAGUCGGUCAUGGACAUGGAGAGCCCUUCACAUUGCCACAGGUGUGAACCCAGUUAGAUGGGCUGUUCUUUACACCGAACGGCAGCUUUCAAUGUGCAAGUCUAUUCUGAGAGCGAGGAGGCAGGAGUGAUACGUUUGUGUCAGGCCUUUAUGGAAUACGGAAAAAUAUUUUUAUUUUAAUAAAGAGGCACAUCAGAAUA